CGAUGGACUCAUCUUUCUUUCUCCUCCAGGUCUUGGAGCGAUAUUGCAACAUCACCCCUUCCACAUGGCACAGUGGGGCAGAAUGAGCCAACAGGCCUUUGCCGAUGGUUUCCUGCUUCGGUCUGCAAAGACCAACAAGGCAUGUGGGUUGCUAUCUUCAUUUUCUACUCCUCUCCCGGGAUCAGGGUGGGGGCAGGCACUCUCCAUGAUGCUCUUCAAUAAGUGUGCUCACCAUGGCAGGGAAAUACCACCAACCAACUUUCAUUCCCUGUGCCUUUUUUGCCUAGGUGAAAGACGUGGUGUUGUCUUGUAUACACUGGCAGACUUUUACAAAACAGGCCUGAAGGAACCAAACAGCUUGCCUUUGUGCCCUGUUUGGAAGGAGACCUAAAAGCUGUAGAUAUGGCAGCCGAGAACUCACUGCUUCUACUUGUACCAAGCUGGUCCUGGUUGACGUAGCCCUUUUUAAUGAAAGGAGCCACCACACAAACUUUUGUGCCAACUGGGAAAUCAACCAUGAAAAAAUGGAACAACCUUGUCCUGGAACAGUCUUGCCUGAAGCCCAGUGCUCCAGACUUUGACACCAACCUUGCCGUCUGUGGGUGGGGCUGAGAAGAUCAAGCUGAUCAAGGCUUGCAGGAAAUGACCUGCUGUAAACCUGGGGCCAGGACCAAAGAAAUGAAAGAAGAAGUCCAAUCGAAUGAAAUUCAGCAAUGCAACUGACUUUGGCAACACUGAGACCUUUUGUGCUGACAGAUUCACAACCACCUGGGGCUCUACCUUCUCAUUUGAGGACACCUGGAUAAAUUGCAGCUUUCCCAUCAGUGAGAUUCAGUACAUGAGUUUUGUAGCAGAGGAUGAGAUCAAAGAAAAAUCUGCCAAUCAUCUUUACCUAUAAUCAUCUUUACCUAUAAGUAUUGUUCCUGUCAAUCCCAAUCCUUUCAGUACCAUGUGGAUUCCCUGGCACCAUCCAUUUCCUCAAAAGAUUUUCUCCAUCAUCAUCAUGACCUCCCAUGGGAUAAUAGCUGUCACUCAUACUAACUCAAUCUCCUGUCUUACUCCUAUGAGUGAUCUCCACCACAAUGGCACCAUUGACUUGCAUGGUGACACUCUGAUGGUGCUGGAAGAGAUGCCUCUCCCAAUUAUUCACAGUACUGGUGAUCCUGUUGCCCAGACCACGGUGAUUGAGCAGAGGUCCCUUCUCACCGUAGAACACCAUAAGUCACAUCUUACCAAAAGCAUACAAUGGGGAACCUCACCAAAUUCAAACUGUAGUCAAAUAAAUUCAGACAGGGUCCUGAUGGGCUCUCUGACUUGACUAGCAUGCCACUAUUUCUGAAAUCACCUCUGAAGUCUUAGAAACUGUUUACAGUUUACAGCAGAAACUGUAAUGUCCAUACAUGCCCAAUGACAGCACAAAUUCUGGUAAGGGAAGCUAGUGUUUUUAUCCCAGCUACUACUAAUUCUCCUAAAAUGAUACCUGUGGCUCCCCCACAUUGUGGAGACUGUACCUAAGGACAGGAUGAUUACUGCUCCAUUUUGUCCUUCCCCUUAUCUAAGAUGGCAUCUACUUCCUCCCUAGAACAACAGAAGGGCAUCAAAAGGGCAGGACCACUACAGGCUUGGUUUCUCUGGAGUUUCAAACACAUUAACAGUUUCUCAGACAUGCCUUUUAGCUCUUCUGAAAUCAGAUUUGAAGAUGCCCAGAAUGGUAGGCAGUCCGAUCAUACCUAUUAGCAGAACUCCCAUUUAAUUCCCUCAUCUGUUAGUAAUACAUCCUGUUCUGGGUAGGGAACUCACUGCAGUCAGUUGACUCAAAGUUCACACCCACUGCUCCCAUCACAAAUAAACCUUACGGACCAAUGAGCUCAAGCUUCUUGCCACAGAAAAUACAUUUCAGGCAUUCAAAUGGAUCUUUGCCAGGUGCUCCAUCCAAGUGGCCAGAAACACCUCUAGUAAAGUUUUUUUUGUCUCAAAAAGAAAGGGGGAACACUGUCUCUUUUUCUCCAGCUUUGGACCCUGAAGUUUUGAGAUUGGUGUGGGACAUCGAACAUCCAACUCCAUUGCUAUUCACCUUGAACACUGUUGCAGACUCCACCAGCAGGCCUCAAGCCACCUCCCAUCUGGCAGCUGUCCUUGGUCGUCAUGUUAAGCCUGCUCUGAAUGUGGGCCACUAUUACAGUGGACUGUUUUGCUAUGAGUGCAGACUGAAUGUUUCUUCAGCAGAGAAAAAGAAAUGGAAAGAAAUAAUGGCCUCAUCAAACAAAAAUGUUUAUAUAUAAUUUAUUUUUCUUAGUGUCCUUUUCUGUGCAGAUCACACAUUACAGAACUGGCCUUUGCUGAGUGUUUUCAAACUAUAGUUCCAAUAUUAAGGAAGCCUUUGGCUGUCAAGCACCCAUAGGAGAUCAACACACUUCAGAAUUAAUAAACCCAAAAUCAUUCUAAAUGGACUCUCAUCUGGUUUUGUCUUAAUAAAAUCUAGUAAAGGUUAAAAUUAUCCAUUAAUAUAUAUUAGAAAUAUGCUUGCAGCAUCAUAUCAAAUCUAACUCACUUAACAUAUUUUACGUGUUAAAACAGACUUUUUCUAAAGAUGAUUUUAUCUUCUAACUCAACAUGGAAUGGUAUGUUCUAAAUAUUUCUUGUUGUUAGACUUCUAAAGCUUAAGGUGUUCUCAUAUCAAGAACCUCAUCUAGGCUAUUUAGUCAACAGGUACACAGAUCUAGUGAGCUAAUAAGAGCUUUCUUUUCAAAACAAAAAAACAAGCCUUUAUUUAUUCCUUUUGGUGGAUAAAUUACCUCAUUGCUAAUCUUAUUCGCUGUCUCAAAAAUUAGAGCUAACAGUCUUAAUUCACAAUUAUUAAAAAAAAUACAAAAAAGCUUACACAUACACCUUUCAACCUAGUCUGAAUCAUACACUUCUUACUCCAAAUUUGCUAAUUAAUCCUACAUCUGUAAACUUUUCUAAACAUCUGUAUAUCAAGCUUUUUCAUGUGUAUACCUUAAAGUACUUUUUUCUCAUCAAUAGAUAAGCAAAAUGCAAGCAGUCCCUGGAACAAUUUCUUGCUACCCUGUCACCAGGCUGGAUGUGGAAGGCUGUCAGGGAAAUCAAAUGAGUAAAUAUGCUGAUAAAAAGGAAAUAACAAGAGUUUGGUAAUAUCUAAAAGGUUAACAAGCUUUCCUGUCAGAACAAGCUUUCACAGGGUGGAAUCCACUUCAUCAGAUGCAUGACCAGUUUUCCAUCAAACAAUUUCCCCUGCUUUGGGGGCAGGUGUUACAGCCACCCAUCUAACAAAACUUUUGAAUAUACCAGAAAACGGGAAAUAUGUUUUCCUCCUUGAAGUACCAUGCUGUAGACUAUCUAUAUGAGAGAGUGACUAGACAGAAAAUGCUCUUUGAAUCAUUAUCAAUUCACAUCCCUUCCUGCUUAUACCAAGAUAAAAAUUAUUCUCAUAAUGGAAGCUUUGCUGAUGACAAAUAUAGAAGACCCUGGACAAGAGUUUCAACUGACUCUGCUCAAAUUAUGAUGAAUAUUUCUGUGCUUGAUCUUUGGAAGAACUGUCUCUCCAUAGAAGAUUUCUUGGAGAAGAAACCCAUUUCAAGCACUCUCUACCAUAUUCAUAAUGAAGAUGUCGAAAUUGUUCCAAGUUCAAAUCCUUGUUCACAGUUGGAUAUAAAAGAUGCCUGUGUGCUUAUGAAAGACACCGAAAGGGCAGACAUUUCUUGUGCCAAUGAACUGCACUCUAAUUAUGUUCCAGUAGCACUUAAAGACCAAGAAGAAGGUUUAUAUAUUGAGGAUGAAUUUGUUUUUGUGGAUAAUUUGGUACAGUAUGGUAAAUGGCUACCUACUCUGCAAAUGCUGUUGAGCCGACUAAACAUUUUCCACAUACAGGAUCCCUUUUCGAAUUCCAAAGGCGAUACUAUCACAGAAGAGGAUAUCUUCAGAGAAUGCUUUACUUUUGAAAGAAGUGUGACACCUCAAUCCAAAGAGAAACAACUACAUGAAGAUUUUUGCAAAGUUUCUUUAGAGGAAGAAGAGGUACUUAUACUUCCUAUCCCAUUAAAAUUCUAUAAAACAGCAGACAUAAACCUAGACACUGAGAUUCCCACCUGUUUGGUACUGAAAUCCUUAUUACAAGUAACUCUGGAGGCUAUAGGCAAUGAAAAUGAAUGCUCUAAAAUAAUCAGCCAAGAUCUUGAAAUGAAAACUAUACCUGAGAAAAUAGAGAUUCCAAAUUAUUGUUCCACACAGGAAGUUGGUGCCAGUCGGAACGGAAGUGCCCUGGAAUUUAACGAGCUGGCAAGUCGUGCUUCAUUUCAUCCUGAAGAACUGGAUGUACCAUUGACCCCUCCAAAUAUAUCAGAGAAGCUGCAUGUGAAUUUACUAUACGCACAACUACAACCAGAAGCAGUUUCUCCCUUUAGUAAAAGCAGUUUUAUUACCAAAUCCACUGCAAUGCAAUUAGAAGACCUAAUGUGGCAAUCAGAAAAAUACCCAAAUCCUAUGAAUUCCUUUUUUCUUGCAGAGCAUCAGACUUCUAUACCUCCAUGUCACCACCUUCCAGUUACAGAACUGAAAACAUUGCUCUGUAUACAUGAAGACAUUUCAGUGAUCAACACCUUAGAGGAAGAUGGAAUGAUUAAUUUAUGGGAGAUAAUGUCUUUCCCAUCUACUUUAGAAGCACUGAGCAUAGAUUUAAGUGAUGGAGAAAGACCUGUUUGUACUAGCGUGGAAGUAUUCUCAAAACUGACUCACUCUCAGUUACACAACUGGAUUGAAGAGAAAAAUUCUUUUGUGAACACUACAGAGGAUUCUUUUGAUGUUCCUGAUUCUAGCGGAACAAAUUAUUCUUGUUGGUCUCCGCAGAAGAAAAAGUUAUCUCCUGCACAGCCCUUGGAGACUACAUCAGUACAAUACAUCACAUCUAUAAUAGGAGACAUUGCACCUACUGAAAAUCAACUAAAGAGUGAAACUGCAAAACCAAUGCAUUUUGGAAACAAAGCAGGGGGCAAAAAUGAUCAAUUAUACUCACCAGCUAGUUGCAAGGAGGUAUCUUUUGAAGCAAACAGUACACCACGAAAGACAAAACCUGCUGUGUUUCAGCUGCCUAAAAAAUGUACCAAUGAUUUUGACCUUUUGAACGACUUUAUUAUGCUGCGAUCUAAACAUGUGUUCAUCCAAAGUGAGGAAGCAAACUAUGUGGCUGUUCAAGAGGAAGAUUUUUAUAAGAGUCACAGCUAA